GAACUUGAGCAUCGACGACGAGGACGACACGACAGCAAGCUUGACGACGAUGGCGAACCCUGCAACGCCCCAGCGCAACAAUUACAGUACUCGCACUCAUAAUCCCCAUGUCCACUCCAUCGCUCACCCUUACAUCCGUGAUCCCAUCUCUCCUCCCUCGCCAUAUACUCCCCUCAGUCUUCGUUCCUUCCCGUCGUCGAACGCCAGUCCAGCAUCAACGCUCGCAACCCCUAACAGUGUUACCAAUUUUUCGCCUCUUGUCAAGCGUAUCCCAUUUAGCUCUCCUCAGAUAGCUCGUCUUUCAAGCCAUGUCAGAAGCAGUAGCAGCAGCAUCGCAGAUAUUACCCAGAACUGGCGUAAUCGCGCGACGGAAAACGGUAUCACCGUUACUGAUGACUCGUAUAUAGACGAUGCAGAUGUCUCUCUUUCGGAUAAUUCUGGGUUCAUUAACGAAGAUGAAGUACCUUCUCAAGCAGCGAUGUCUACACAACGUCGUAGAGCUCUUUCAUACUCGCACGCGGGGAUUUUACCACCAGUGCAGAAUCCGCCUCGGACUCCGGCACGUCGCCUUCAACCUACGUCACCGACUGUAUUUCGCAAAACCUUGUCUUCUCUUAGCAAUACCGCCACACCUCCCAAGCGUAAUCUUGCGCAGCAGAUGAGGAUGAAGGGGUGCAUGACUGACCCUCCUCAAUUGAGGAAACGAGAAGCUUUCGGCGUGGUGCCGGUUGCUUCUCAGAAUAUUCCCUCCAAUGGAAAUGCCGACGCUUCCUUCGAACUAUUCGACAUCGAUGAAAACGAUUAUGAAUACGACUACGACUACGAAAAUGAACAAGUAGAGUUACCUCUCAAAGGAGUUGACGACAGCGAAUAUCAUUAUCCAUCGACGGGUAGUCAGCAGCUCCUUCCUCGACUUCUACAGCAAUCUCGGCAACAACCACAUAUCAAUUUCGUUCCUCAGAAUUACCCCAUCAACAACCCCUCUAUGCUGUCGUUAUUCGGUCAACCGACCUUCUCCGACCCAUACAUCGGCUCCGGAAGUGUAGGCACCGGCAACCCACUCAAUGGAAGGAUUGCAGAUAGCGUCGAGCAUCAUUUUAACCAGUACCAGCAACAGCAGAUACCAUAUGGAAACAGGGUCCCUCCCGGCCUCGGGCUACCAUUGAAUAUGGGACUCCGAACGACUAACGGCCAAGUAUUAGCGCCUCAACUAGCGCCUUCACUGCAUCCUCAUCGGUCUGACACCUCUAUGUCACCCAUCAUGCACUCCUUAACACCAUCUUUUUCACCUCCAACCCUUCCUCUUGUCGAACAACAUACUACCACCGUCCACGGCGGAGUUCCUUCACCUGCAACUUCCAUUGCAUCAGAGUCGAAACAUGUUGACAUUACAGCUAACGACAAGCUCUCUUCCACCCCUCUAACAUCUUGUGCUGUGUGCUCUAGAAGUAACUUGACGCGUCUCGCGAUCUUAUCUCCUUGUAGUCAUCCAUUGUGUUCCUCAUGCCUGACCAGCGCGCUCAAUAUCGUUGGAGAGAAGGAUAUGGAAUGUGCUUCAUGCAAGAAGGAGGUUGUCGAUUUCAAGUUGAUCACGAACGAUACUGCCUGCUCUCCGAAUACGUCGCUCGAGUCCACGAACGGACGCUCUUUCAAUAAUCUUUCCCCCAGGAAGCCCAUUUUUGAGCGAAGGACCAGUUUCACCGAACCGUUACCUUCAUCGCCAAAGAGCACAGCCAGUGGACUUGAGAGUGCCUUUGAAUUUAAUGGAUACGGCACUGAUUUUGAUCCAGAUGAUGUCUUCUCCCUUGGGGCAUUCGAGGGCGCAGGAGGUAUAGUGAGGGCCAGUACUCCUCCUCCGAAGAACAGACAGGUCGACCGUGUUAAACCUGGCUCUGACACAAGGGAGGGCAUGCCGAAGAAGGGGCAGAAAGAUCCCGUUGUUUUGCGUAUUGAUAAUGUUCCUUGGGAUAUCACGCCCCCCAGAAUUUCUGAAUGGCUGCAACAGCCCGCUGUACGAGUGCACGUUCUACUAGAUCGAAAGGGGAAAACAAUGAGCCACGCAUUCGUCGAAGUGAAUGGAGAGGAGGUAGCUGGAGCUGUACUAAGAGGCGAAGCUCAACAGAGUGAAAUCCACAGAUUUACAGGUGAGAAAGUCAAGAUGCGCGGAAGUGUUCUUGGCAAGGGUAGACGGGCAAGAGGCGUAACCGUAACCAGGAGUUCCCAGCAGGAGCUCAUGAGCGCUCUUUUCCCAGCAUGGCAAGGAUCCUUUGAUGGAUCCCGUCCAUCUCUAGCUGGCCUCGACAAAGAUCGAGUUGUGAGUGCCCUUGAGAGUGGGUUGAUGACUGAAGGCGAUGUUUCCGCCCUCCUCUAUCUAAUCAGGAGUCCAGAUGCUCAUUUCCUCAAAGUACCAUGUCUCCCUUUCCAUUCUCUUAUUAGCAUUCUGCGUAAAUUCCCCGCAGAUGUUGAUAGCCGUGUGUUCUGGUCGGGAUCGUUGAGAAAUGUUUUGUUCGAUGUUACUUUUGCUGCGAUUCAAGUUCUCAUGGCUCGCGUCGAAUCCAAGAAGAACGACGAAGAACACACUCCAGAGCUCGUUGAUAAUCUCGUAAGAGCUGGGGUUGAAUGUAAAGUUUUUACCGAUGAGCAAAUUCAGAAAAUUAUGCGGCUAAUGCGAGACACUCGCCACCAAGUCAACGAACAACUCACCAUGUCUGAGUCCGAAUCCAUCGUCUCCUCUCCAUCUUCUCUUGUCUUGGCCCGCAAAGCUGCAAAUAGUCGUUCUGCGCAUUCUGGCUCCUCUCGCGUUUCCUCCCGUCAGUCGGCGCAUCACAUCCGAUCCCACUCUCGCUUAGCUCAGUCGGUGACUAGUUCCCCGGCUUCAUCUUCUUCUACUUCAUUUGCUUCGGAUUACGCUCAAGCGGAUGACGAAGACGAAGACGACGAAGAAUAUGAUCGCCAUGUCUUAGGUCAAGAGAAUACCGUUCACCCUACCCUUCCCCGAACUUCACUCGAACAAGUAGGCCCGCUAUCCGUUGACACCAGUGUCUCGCAUUGCGAUUCUUCCGCGACAGCGUACGAUGACGAUCAGAAAACCUCUAUCAACGGUCUAGCGAAGGAGUUUGGUGUCGAAGCACAUCUCGUCGAGGCCCUCGUUCAGAGACUCGCUGGUAUGCGUUGAAGACAGAGCGUUGUGCUGUGGAGCUGGCUAUCCACUCGGCCCUCUUGAAUUACCUUUUGCAUAUGGAAACCCUACGUUGCCUCUAGACUCCUUUUCUUGCGCGUCCUUUCAUCCACUCAUGCGUCUUCACCAUUGAACAUUACGGCCCUUCAUGGAGUAUUUAUUUUGUCACCGCCGACAUUGCCCUUCCCACUCUCCCAACACUGCAUUGAUACUGCGAUCAACCACUUUUUAUGCCUUAUCCAUAUAUCCGCUUGCUUCCCCGGUAGCACUCUUCACGAAACAUGAACGCAGUCUGUGAUCUGCGCUCUAUUCUCCUCCCGGCAGUUCACUUCUUUCACGAUAGACAUUCGGGAAAUCCGUUUAGCUGCAUCGUAAUAUCGUAAUGUUUUCUCAGCUCAUUCACACCAACAAAAACAUGAUUUUCGGAGUAUUAUCUUCUCCCGCCUUUCAUUUUCGAACACCACCAUCGUCAUAGCUUUCCGUUUGCAUAUUGUCUGUCGUUCGUCGUAUUGCUAUCGUCCAUGCUAUCCUCAUCGUUGGUUUCCUCUUUUAUUUGUUUUACUUGUGUCCACUACCUCGUGCCUUUUGCCAAUUUCUGUUCUGUUCUCCACGAGUGUCAAGCUGGCUCCACAGUACCUCUUUUAUCGAUUGAAAAGUAAUACGCGCCUGCUAUGUAUAUCAACCGCAGCUCUCAGCCGCGUCCGUAACAAUUGUUCUUCAUACCUAUUAGCUUAUUAUUGCUGACCUCACGGUUUACGC